UGUGAUAAACUUAUUAAAUAGAAACCAAAUGGCAAUACGUUCAGCCAUAAACGCUGUUAAAUCUCAAGCACUAGGAGUGGCUGAAAGCUUAACUCCUCUUUUGAAGGAAUCAAAAUUCAGAGAAAGUGGCGUUCUGACCCCUGAAGAGUUUGUUGCUGCUGGUGAUCAUCUUGUGCAUCAAUGUCCUACAUGGGCAUGGGCCACAGGAGAUCAGUCAAAAGUGAAAUCAUUUCUUCCAGCAGAAAAGCAGUACCUAGUCACUCGAAAUGUGCCUUGCUACAAGCGAUGCAGACACAUGGAGCCAACCGAAGGUCUUGAAAAGCUUCUGGAUGACGAUUGGGUUGACACACACCAUUUUUCUGCAGACAGUAACUCAGAAGCAGUUCAACUCAGUGGGACUAGUAGCAAUGGAAUGAAUGAGAGUAGAGCUGCGCCUCACUCAAAUUCAGCACCUGCAGAUGACGACGACGAAGAAGCAGUGGACUUAGAAGAAUUUGUUGAGGGGGGCUCUUAUCUCGAGGACGAUGAUCCCAACUUAGGACCAUCGGCAGGAAAAGGAGACGAGGGAAGUGCUGCGGAUGGGGAGGGAGAAGGGAAGGAGAAGUCAGGGGGCAGUGGGGAGGGGACAGGGGCUGAUAUUGUGACCACGAGAACAUAUGACCUAAUGAUCACGUACGAUCGAUACUAUCAGACCCCGAGACUGUGGCUGUGCGGCUACGACGAGAAGCGCAAAAACCUAACAAAGGGGCAGAUGUUUGAGGACAUCUCGGCGGAGCAUGCACAACAGACAGUGACCAUGGAAUCCCACCCUAACCUAAAUGCACCUUCUAUGGCCUCCGUACACCCCUGCAGACACGCAGACGUAAUGAAGAAGAUUCUUCAGACAGUGCAGGAAGGAGGUGGAGAGAUUGGUGUCCAUAUGUACCUAGUAGUGUUCCUUAAGUUCGUCCAGGCUGUCAUCCCCACCAUCGAGUACGACUACACAAGGAAUUUCAACAUGUCCUCUGCUGGAUCCUCAUCAUCAGGAGCAGCAGGCAUCAAAAACUCAUGAUCUGUUGCUAGAGAAACUGUGAUGAGUCUAUGGGGUCACUAAACGCGUGGUCCUUGUCUGAUAUAUUUAUUUUAUAUGUUGUAUAUUUUGCAUUAUUAAGAGUUUUUCUUAAUUUUGUCUGGUCAUAUUGAGUAUAAAACAAGAGGACAACCCGAGUAAACGUUUUAUCUGAGCUUUAUAGUGGCGUUAUUUAUAGAGCUGCUUUGAAAUCGAUGUCCUUGAAUAAUAUUGAUAAUAUUAUUUCAUCCAAACUGGUGCUAUUUUUGAAAUAUUCAAAUAUUAACUGGAUUUUGUGUCUUCAAAACUGGAAGCAAGCCAAGGCGUGAAAUUUCGGAUGGUUAAUUUCCAGUUAAUUAUUUUGACAAAGUAUAAGGUAACGUUCUUGCAGAGCAAAUUAAUUCCAUACUUUCAUUUUUCGCUUAAUACGACUAAUU